CCUCUGACCGAACCGCAGUGCCGCGUCGUCCUUCUCUCUUAGCUAACGCGCAAGAGUGAGAGAAAUUUUUGACAAUGACCGGCGCGGAGAGGCAGCCGGCUUACCUGGAGCCCGCUGAGCUGGGAACCAAAGAAUACUGGAACAAGCUCUACACAAAUGAGCUGUGCAACCAUGCCGCCGACCCGUCCGACAUUGGCACUGUCUGGUUCGACGACUCGGACGCCGAGGCUAAGAUGGUAGAGUUUUUGGCCGACCUCGAGCGAGAACAACAACCGCAGAAUCAAGAGGAGGAGAAGGGGGAGGAGGAGGGAAACAAGUCGCCCUCGUCGCCGGCCUUGGCAAGGGGCACGUCCUCGCUGCUCGACCUCGGCUGCGGCAACGGCUCCCUGCUCUUCGCACUGCGCGACGACGGCUGGUCCGCCCGCGCGCUCGGCGUCGACUACAGCCCCCAGAGCGUCGCGCUGGCCAGGCAGGUCGCCGCAUCGCGCGCCGAGGAGCAACAACAAGAGGAAGACGAUGGCAAAGAUGGCGACGACGGCGGGGAAAGCAGACCCCCGCCGUCCGCCGUCGAGUUCUCCGAGUGGGACGUCUUCGCCGGCGACUCCUCGACCGUCCUAAACGGCGCCCAGACGUCGGGCUGGGAUGUCGUCCUCGACAAGGGCACCUUCGACGCUAUAUCCCUCUCCGACGCUCGCGACCCGGCCACCGGCCGCCGCCUCUGCGAAUGCUACCGCGAGUGCGUGCUGCGGCUCGUCCGCCCUGGCGGCAUCUUCCUCGUCACCAGCUGCAACUGGACCGAGGAGGAGCUCCGAGCGUGGUUCGUUCCGCCGACGGCACAAAGGAGCGAGACGGGGCAGUUCGACGUCGCUGGGCGUGUGCAGUAUCGUACCUUCAGUUUCGGGGGCGUCAAGGGGCAGACCAUAAGCACGCUGUGUUUUAGAAGAAGAUGAGCGGCGCGCGCAAAACAAAGCAACAAAAGCAGAAAGUCAGAUUUGAUUCUACGAACACGCCGCACGGCACCAUGAUACCCCUCAUCACCGGAGCGAGUACUGCCGCCGCUGGGUGGCUUCACGCUCCAACGUCCCUUGAUCCGUCUCUCAACAGAGCUAGGCUCACGCGUCAAUGCUCUUAUGAAUGAAAUCGACAUGAGUCUUGAACAGACAUGCCCCUUUGCACUUCUGCUAAUCUGCCUUCCACCCCCGGAGGAGAAACGAAGU